AUGGAAGAGAAGCAAUUUCUUUCAUGGAUGAGAGAAACAGGUAAAAUCUUUACUGGCGAAGAAUACAAGUUAAGAUAUGGAAUUUGGCUUUCAAGCAAAAGAUACAUUCAUUCUUUUAAUAAUGCAAAUCUUGAUUUUACUCUCGCAAUAAACCACCUUGCUCAUUUGACGCCAUCGGAGUACAAAUCAUUAUUAGGCUUAAAAUCUUCUCCCCAUUAUUACGUUUCUGAUAAAAUAGAAAUUCCAUCAGCAACUUCUUGCGACUGGAGAACUAAGAACAAAGUUAACCCGAUCCAAGACCAAGGCCAAUGCGGUUCUUGCUGGGCAUUUUCAGCAAUACAAGCUCAAGAAUCACAAUGGGCAAUUGUUUACAACCGCUUGCAAAAACUUUCGGAGCAAAGCAUCGUUGAUUGCGUUUCUACAUGCAAUGGUUGCGAUGGAGGUGAUAUGGAUAAAGCUUAUGAUUAUAUAAUUUCAAAACAAUCAGGGCAAUUUAAUCUAGAGACAGAAUAUCCAUAUCUCGGUUAUCAGGGCACAUGCAACUUUGGAAAGAGAUCCAAAGUUCAAAAGAUAAUUAAAUACAUAGAAGUUCAAACAGGAAAUGAAGACGAUUUAGCCGCGAAAGUUGAGAAUUACGGACCUGCAGCUAUAGGAAUUGAUGCUUCACACUAUUCAUUCCAGAUGUACCUAUCUGGAAUCUAUGACGAGAAAUCCUGCUCACCAACGAAUCUUGACCAUGGCGUUGGCUGCGUUGGUUUUGGCGCUGAAGGAUCAACCAAGUACUGGAUUGUUCGUAAUUCUUGGGGAAGGAACUGGGGAGAAAAGGGCUACAUUAGAAUGAUUAGAGAUAAAUCGAAUCAGUGUGGCGUUGCUACACGUGCUAUUAUUCCAGUUGUUAAAUAA